CUGCCACAGCAUCCUCGUCUGUUCGGCCCAUCCUCAGUCAGUGGUUCCAGCUGGGGCGCCGCAGUCGUCUCAGCGCUGACAUCCAUGGAUCUUGCAUCCCCAAUUCCGUCCUGACACUUGUGUCUGGCUGUAGAGGCGCAGCCCCGACACUCAUCACCUGGCGAUUCACAAUCAACGCUUGGUGGAAUCCGGCACCCCUCUACCUAUCUGACCAUGGGGACGUCAGGUCGGGACUGGUUGUCCAAUGUUUUCCAAACGGCGUGCGGACGGGGACGAGCCACCCGCUUCGAUCAUCGGCGGCGCUCGCAACGGCGUCGGGGCGAGAUGGGGGUGGGGCGGGGGGCUUUUCAUGUGACCUCCCGUAUUACCCGAAGCCUUCUCAGAACCCCCGCGCCCUUCGAAGAAGCCCCCCUGCCUUCUCAGGAAGGUGCCGUUUUUGCAUCACCCACCGCUGCUUGCCGCCAAGAUCGGUGAGGAGAUGAAGUUGAAGGAGUUCGAGGUGGAUGAAGAGAUGAACGAGGUGAAGCUCAGCCUGCUGUUCCUCGUCAUGUUCGGCCCGAUCGCGCCCGAAGGCGUCUUCACCACGCUGCUCGCCAAGAUGAUGGAGUCCUGGUUCGACCUGUCGAAGCUCCUCUUUCUGAAGCGGCGGCCAUUUCCGGACCAGGGCAUGAGCGUCGCUGUCAUGCAUUUCCGGAUGAAGGCCUUCAUCGUGGUUACGAUCGUUGCCAAAGUGGUUUGGUCCUUUGUAUUGUCUUUCGUCGUGUUCGCCUAGCCCGGCUGGUUUUGAGAGGUCAGGGCUUGAUGUUCAUCUCCGAACCAUGUGGUGUGCAAGCAGGAAAGUGCACGCUGAUGUUUGGAAGUGUUGGGGAUGGCCGAACGAGGCACACCCUGCCUCCCUCUCCUCCAUCCUGCCUCUCUUCCUUCACCCCCUCGCAUCCUCCCCCCUGAGUCUACUCCCCCUCCCUUCGCUUCCCUCGUCAUCCCGUGCUGAAUUGCUGCUGCUGCUGAACCUUCGGACGCCGUUGGUGCAAAGUCUACCAGUGGUCGAUAUCCGAGGCACAUGCCCGUGAACGUCUCCGUGCCGAUUCUCCGUCGCAGCGGUACUGAAGAUGUGCCGCUGGUGCCGUUUUUGAAGGGGGAUGGAGCGCCAAGGCGCACCUUCCGACAGGCCUCGUGAGUUCCAGCGUGCUCAGCAGGUUGGUGUUUCGCCUCAUCGGAGACAAACAUGUGCGCGUGCGCGCGUUUGUUGUCAGCGUCGCUCUCUCCACCGCUUCCUCUGGCAUUCCUCGUUUCUUCUGCACGUUCUCCGCCAGCUGGCGUGGCAGCGCGUGCAUUUUUCCCCAAACAGCUUGCUGAACGGGGUGCUGUUGUGAUAGAAGCUAACUCUGGCCGAGGGAAGUCGGAGCAGAGACAUCCUCACAAAAAUUUGCAUGUUUAACAUGCCAUGCCAGCCCGCACUGGACGGGCACGCAAUCGACCUUUGAAACCGCAGUGGGUCUAAAAACCCUGUUUGGGGAUACUGCACUCCGGCUAUAAUAUUUUAGGGCAGUUUUCGUUUUGUCCUCCAUCAUUUCUCGUCCCUCCU